AUGCAGCUUCGAGACUCCGGCGCGUCUUUGUCGGCUGCCUCGGCCUCUCUGCUUCCAGGCUCGCUUCCUGUGGAGCUACUUUCAGAGGAUGACCGCCGUCUUCUGUCGCACUUUCGCGUCUCGCUGGAGACGGUGACGGGCUCCAUGGAGUCGAUCACGGCUGCGAGCGAGGCGCUGAUGUGUCGCGGGAACGCGCCGGUGAUCCACCACCUGUUUUCGGUCUGGGUGGACUGCCUGAACUUCCAUCGAGACAGCGAGAAGGUGCUCUUCCUCCUGUACGUCCUGAACGACGCUCUCCAAAAAUGCGGUGGGCGGCGGUGCCCCGCGCUGCUGCAGCUCGCGCUGCAGCCGCUGCGCAUGUUUUGCAUCCAGGUGUGCAGACACCACGCGAGCAUACUCGACGCGGCGAUUCGCGUGUUUAAGAUCCUGAAGAUGCGCAAAACGUUUGGCGGCGACCCGGGCGGCGACGCGAUCUGCAACGCCUUCCUCGCGCUCCUCCAGGGCGGAGAGAACGCCGAGGAACUCCCGUUUCCCUCAGUCGCGCCCGAAGUCCUUCUGGGCUCGCCCGACGCAAAGGCCGCGGGGGCAACGCUUGUGGCGGCCUCAGGCGCAGCUGCGAGGGCAGCCGAGGGCGCGCUGCACACAGGGCUCCCCUCCUCAGUCUUCGCAGGCGGCGCCGCCGCUCCCGCAGUCAUCGACUCGUUCAGCGUGCAGUACCCCUCCCGCGGCGAUGAGCAGAUCGCAGCGAUGGUCGACAAGCAGUUCGAGGCGGAAGAAGGCGAGACGCAGUUCCGCCAGGAGGUCAGAGACGCUCUGCAUGCGCUCGCCGCGCUGCAGUCCGCGAUCGCCGACAAAGACGUCGCCAGGCAAGCAAGAAACGCGGAAGGGGGAAGGGGGGAAGGGGGGAAGGGGGGGGUUAAGAAAGCAGAGACUAACGCGGGCGCUGGGAAUCGUUGCGAGCUUCUGCACACGCGACGCCUGCUGACGCCCCGCGACUACGGAAAGAAAUCGAGGCUGGGAGAGGGAGCGGACGUGUGUCGCGCGAGUGAUAGGCAGAAGCAAGAGAGUCACCUGGCGCAUCUGGCGCGACAGCAGAAGGCGUUUGAAGAAAACCAGAGGCAGAAACGCGUGAGUUUUGCGCAGUGUGGGGUCCUGCCUGGCGACGAGGCCGCGCAGGCCGAAGCUGGGGGCGCGACGGGGCGCGAGGAGGAGACAGCUGAGGCGACGGCCGCGCGGCUUCAGGCGCAGACGAAGGCCACUCAAGCCAAAGUCCGGCUGCUCAUGGAGCUCGAAUGGAAUCAGCGAAUCGAACUGCAAGAGCGCCUGGCGCAGCUGGCGUCGCAGAUCGAGAGCCGCAUGGAAGAAGUACUAGCCCGCCACGUGCGCUGUCGGGAAGUCAAGACCGUCCUCGAUCGCGCCCUCCACGUCGCAGCCCGACAAAACGCCGCCGCAAAAGGCCUCCGCACGCAGGCCUCCCCGCCCUCGUCUGCGCCCGCCUCUCCAUCCGCGUCUUCUGCAGCUGCAGCGUCAGCCGCUUCUUCCGCUUCUUCCGCCUCUGCCGCGUCGUCUGCUUCUUCUGCGCCUGCUCGCUGCGACGCAGGUACCCCCCCAGCGAGACCUGAGGACCCUGCGGCGCCAGCAGGUCGCGUGGGCGAAGGCGAGACUGGCAGGGGCGGUGCGGGCGUCGAGACCCUCGGGGGGGCCUCUGGGUCCCCGCGGAAGACAGAUGGAGACGCAGACGGCACAGACGCCGCAGCGCAGGCGUAG